AUGGGCGCACAUUUAUUGAUUCAAAGUAAUAUGCUAGCUUCCUAUGAAUCUCCAUCCCUUCCUUGAGUAUGCACUGUUGUGGGCCUGGGUACCACGUUUUGGAGUCGUCCAUCUACUGCUUCAGGCUGCUCAAGAACCGCUGGCGGAUAUCCUCACAGAUCUUGACAUUGUUCAACGCCCGCUCCUUGGAGUCCUUCGCCCGUCGCUCCAACCACUCAUUCCGAUCCUUGACAAACGCCGCAUACCGCUCGCGGUGCUGCGCCAGCUUCUCCUUCCUGUCCGCACUCAACGCCGCAAUCUCCUCCUCCGUCGGCUCCGGAAUCGGGGCGACCUCGGGCCGCCUCGGCAGCCGCUUCUCAACUGGCAAAAUCUCCAGCUUCGGACCCGGCAGGGUCUGGUACCAGUACGCGGUGCUCGACCAGUCAUCACGCAGGUGGUUCGCAUGGCCCGUUUCCAGGGUGACCUUGAUGCGCUUGCUGAAGCGGACGGGGUCGGCGAGGUGCCAGCGGUAGCUAAUCUGCGUGUUGGGGACGUCGUCCUCGUGGAUAAUCGUGCCGCAGAACGGGUACGCGUUCUUUUGCAUGCCCCAGCCCUGCGAAAAGUAGUCUUCGCCGCCCGUGCCGUGCAUGCUGGGCGGCCAGGUGUCGUCGUCGAUGAAGAUCAUGUCGUCGCCUUCGCCCCACCAUGUCCCCUGUUCGUGCCAGACCGAGUGGUUGCAGCCAAUGUAGUGGCCUGCCCCCUCAGUUUCGAGGAUGACGUAGUUGCCCGCGCCGUCGAGGUUCUUCACCUGCGUUUCCAGGCUGUUGGUCUGGAUCGCCGACGGGGCCCAGCCGUUGGUCGGGUUCUCGCGGCGCCAGUACGCGUGGAAGUACAGCGUGUCCUUGGGGAGGGGCUCCGGGUAGAGCUCGUAGUCGAUGUAGAAGUACUGGAUGUAGGCCUCGUCGUUUUGGUUCUCAAUCUCGAUGCGGGCGCGCUUGUUGAACGGCAUGGUGAGGUAGCAGUUGAAUGCCGCGGCUCCGCCAAACUGCUUCUCUUCCGACGGCUUGACAGAGACGGUAAAGGGCAGCGACUGGAAAUUGGCGGCCAUCGAGUGGCCCAGGCAGAAGAAGUCGCCGAUCGGAGCCAGGACGUUGGGGGUCUCGGAGUCGUCCCAGUACAUCUUGAUCAGGACCUUGCGGUAGUAGUCUGGGUCGCUGACUUCGUAGUUAAGGCCCAACGCGUUGUGAAUUUCCAUCAUGGCGACUCCCGAUUUGGAGUAUGGGAUCAGGCCGGGUCCCAGGAUCUUUCGGCAUGUCUGGACGAACCAUAGAUGGGUGAUUGCGCCAGGGCCCUGCAGGUCGGCCAGCACAGCGGUCUCGCCGGGUAGGACGACAAAGGCGUCCUCGUUGAGUCCGCUUUGAUCCCAGCUGGCGACGCGGGCGCUGCGAGCGACCCGUUGCUUGGUGAUGUCUGCGAGGAGAUGGUUUUCGAUGGAUGAAGCCAUAUUGGUGGUCUGGAACUGGAACAGGUGAAGGAUGUGUGGCGUCCUUGGAAGGAUGAGCAGCCUAGAGCGUUUAUAACAUUGUCCAUGAGCAUAGAACUGCAAGGUAUAUCCCCCGUUCCCGAAUUGGAGACACGCGGAGUUGGAGAUGGACUCCGCGCCCCGAGCCAAAACUUGCCAAAACGUGGAACGCGGGGUUCGCUUGUGACCCCGCGCGGUAUUUCAAGCCCACUCCGCACUCUGCCCGGCCGCACCCUCCACACAUCUCCAACAGCAUCAAAAUGGCCAGGCCGCGGAAACGACUGACGCUCGCCUGCGAUACCUGCAGAUCACGCAGGGUCAAGUGCGAUGGACAGCGACCAUACUGCGCCCCCUGUCGGAUCCGGGGGCUAGACUGCUUCUACCAGCAGCUGCCCGAGAGCCCGGCGACCAAAGUAGAAACAGAACUGGCCAAUGUCAACCUGCGCCUCGACUACCUAACGAUGCUGCUAUCCAAGCAGCCCACACCCCUCGUCCAGUCCCACCAGGGAUCCGCAUCCCGCACCGUGCUCGGCUCCCACGAGGACUCGCCCUUUUGCCUGCUGGCGACCGACUCCAUCAUGCGCGUGCUAGGGCUAGACGACGGAUUUGCCCACGGUCUCAUCCGGCUCGAGCGCGCAAACCUGCUCAUCGGGGCAACGACACCUCCGGGCAUGUUUUUCUUUUCCCAGCAGCAGGUCACCGACGCCCUGGCUGCCUUCUCCGACCGCAUCCAUGGCUACUAUCCUAUCCUUCCUCUGGACUUUUCCGAGGCCUACUUUGCCACCUUGUCGGCGCCCCUGGCUCCCUCGUCUCGUACAUGUCUCGUGCUUCUCGUCGCAGCCAUCGGCUGCGUUGCGCAUGACCCCGAGACGCGGGGUCCGUACUUUGACGCGGCGCUUCAGUCUCUGCCUGUGGUUCUUGCCGAGUGUACACUGACGAGCAUCCAAUGCCUGAUCUUUCUGAGCAUCUACUACUGUUGCCUCUUGAAACCAUGCCAGGCCCACGACUAUUGUUUGAUCGCCUCAUUCAAGAUUCAGAAUCUUUUCAAGAGUGGACUCCAAAGCACAGAUAAUGACAGCCUUGAACUGACCCACCGAGCAUACUGGGCGAUUCUAUUGCUGGAGAGCGAACUAAGCGUGCAGCUCGACGUUGCCAAGAGCGACAUCUGGUCCCUGGACGAGUACACGCCUCUCCCCAACUGCCGACGCACAUGGCACUUUCCUCCCCAACAGAGCACAACUAGUAGCAGUACAAUUACUAGUGCCAGUCUCGCCCUGGCCGCCGCCGUCUCCCCCGCAAGCGCCCACUCAGCCGACAGCAUCACCAGCACAAGCACAACAGCCGACCAAGCGCAGUCCUUCUUCCUCGCGGAAAUCGCCAUGCGCCGCAUGCUGCACCGCUGCAACUGGGCCAUCACGCAGUCGCCCGAGGACGGUACACACCGCUACGCGCCGGGAAUCGCUCUCGAGCUCGAGCGCCAGCUCGACGAGUGGUACGGAUACCUCCCCCCGAAUAUCCAAUUUACCAGGGAGCGGGAGCGGCCAGAGCGGCAGCACCAGCAGGAGCAGGUAAGUAGUAGCCCCGAACAGCUGUGUGCUGACCGAGGCGGAGGCGUCGUCGGGUCGCUGUCCAACUUCCUCAACGUCCAGUACUACUGCUGCAAACUGUCCAUCUACUGGCCCGCGGUUUUCCAGGCUAUGCAGGACAGUGGCGUGCCAAGCGCCCAGCUCCUCGACCACUGCCAGCGCUUCAUCGACUCGUACGUACAGCUUCUACCACGCAUAACUUUUGCCGUGGAUGAUUGUAUGGUGUACAAGUGGACUCUCUCUGUCAGCUUCUUCACGACAACCAUGGCCGCCCUCAAAGUGCUAGAGGCCCCGAGCCUAGCUGGUGCCAGCCGAGAAGCACUCCACCAGUGUCUUUCGUCUGCUGCGACUGUGGACUGGAGGGGCACGGAGGCGAGUCCGUCACUGGGGGUGUUGCAGCGGACUCUAAGCGAGCGCCUGCACGAGGCGGGUCUGGGUCUGGGAUAAUAGGGUGUCAGCGGGAGCCGAGCCCUUCCCAGUGCUGUACUGUAUUAAUGUGUAUCAAAUAACCCUGUACCAACUCUUCCUAUCAUGAGCCGCUUCAUAAUGUACAUAAUGCGUCCUUGUAUCAGCUCCCGUACGGAGAAGGUAUUCCCUCGGAACUGAGCUGUCUGACUGAAUGGAUUGGAUUGGAUCGCAUUGUUACAACGGCUCAGCUCUAUGCUACUAGUGCCGAGCGAAGCCGCCUCGCUACCACUCCGAAUAUAAUGGCUAGGCAGUCAACAGGUAUAUUCACAGCUUAGAGAAUAGAAUAGAAUAGCCAUUGAACACCGGAC